CAAAAACAUGCAAAGAUGGCGACAGGUCGCGAGACCAGAAGCAAUCCUUUGCCGAAAUAUGUGGUCGGAGAAAAGGUUCUUUGCUACGAACCGGACCCAAAUAAGGCCAGAGUCCUUUACGAAUCAAAGGUGAAGUUUUAUGCGACAUUAUGUUUCUUUUCUGUCGAAGUUUUAUGCUUUCAGAACGAGUGCAUGUUUACACAGUCUGCCUGACAAGAAAGAGAAAUUAUAAUAAUUAAUUUGGCUGUCACAUGGACCCGAUAUCCUCAAUAUUUGAACCCUUAGAAUCAUGAUACGCCAAUUUUUUAAGAACAUUAACUUGGAUCGAAUUGUGUUAACCUGUUCUGAAUGAGGAAUGUUGCAUUCAAAUAGCAUGAUAAAGUGAAUUAUGAAACGGUUCACCAAUGAAACUCAAGUGUCAAUUAGAUUUCAAUUUGUGACAAUUAGACAACUAUUAUUGCUGUGUUAAUGAAGUCUGUUGAUGUCAUGCGAAUUGCUUGGUUGUUUGUGUUGUGUUCUUCCUUUUUUAGGUUUUGGAAGUUGAUAUCACUAAAGAUGACAAAGGAAAGAAAGUCCCAGAAUAUUUUAUCCACUUUAAUGGCUGGAACAGAAGGUAGAUAUCAGAAAUACAUAUUCGUGUAAAGAGACUUAAUAUUCCCAUAAUGCAGGUAGCUUUUUAGGCUUCUGAGCUUUCCCAUAAAACAAACCAGCUUCAGCUUUAGCGCUGCUGUGCCUAGUAGGAACAACUGCACAGUUGGACCUUAAGCCUCGCAAUGUCUCAAACAUUUAAAGAACAAGUAAAAUUAACUUUGAGAUGAUGUUGGGACAAAGUUUGAAUUAUUUUUAACAUGUCACUGCAUCUCAAAACUUGUCAGGAGGGGGAUUCAGUUGGUCUCAACAUGAAUUGUCAGCAAAUAUUCAGGAAAUACACUCAAACCUCCUGUAAGCAACCACUCAAAAUGCAAAGAAUUUAUUAAUGGUCACUUAUGGGAGGUGGUUGCUUACGAGAAUCAAAUCACAAAUGGUUUCUUCCGAGAAGAGGUCAGACUCAUCUACUUUAUGGAUUGAUGCUUGUUUAAUGCACGCAAUUUCUAAGUUGAGGGGUAUAAGUUACAAUAUGUGUUGUUCCAUGUUGACACUAAAAGUUUUGUAAGCAUCAUAGUACACACAGCAAAUAUUUUUAGUGGUUGCUUACAAGGGUGAAAACAAAAGAAAAUUAUCAUAAAACCAUCAGCCCCUGAUUCGCGCUUACGUAGCGAAGCUUUACUUAAAUUUGAAGGCUACAACGAUGUACAGAUAACCACUUUAUUUCUGAACUGGUUGCCAAUGGUAACUUAAUCGGCAAUAGUCAAACUGCAAAGCAAAUGAAAGAUUUGCGUUUUAAGUAUGAAAUUGCACUUAAAGGCUGAAAUAUUCGCAGCGAAAUACUGCUUACAAUUCUGUUGGGUAAUCCACACAUCUUAACACGGCUCUUUACAUUAUCUUUCAACGGUUGUGUCCGGUUGAUUGCAAGGCGAGUCUAAUUAAAAAUACAUUACGCCUAUUUAUGCAAAAAUGCUAAUUCGUCGCCAGGUCCUUCGUGACUGCAUUUUUGGGGCCAAAUCGGUACAGCUACACAAGCGCAAAUCACUCCACCCGAGUGUGGAAAUUAAGAGCUUACAGUAGCUCUAAUUGAGCAACGAUUUGUCAUUUAAGACCGGAGAAUCAUGCAAUUGUUCAUUGUUCUUGAAUUAAUUUAAACUAGAGUAGUCCUGCAUUGAGCUCUUCCUUUGUCGCAAUCAAACACAGUUUGUGAAUAGGUCUGUCGUACUCUCCGUCUCUUGUCUUGAUUCUCACUUUUCAGACAAGUCCGUCGUUUCCAGGAUAUGUGCCUACAAUACGCGCCACUUUCCAUUCACAUCUUUUGUGUUUGGGAUCCAGCUCCAAUACAAGAUCACCGAUCUGGGUGUUAUCUCGCACGCGAAACCACUUGUUCCUUGGUAACAAGUUUGGGGCGUAAUACUUCAUCCAGCUCCUCCAGAAAUCAGCAACUCUGUUUUGGGUGCUCCUGAGUAAUUGUCGCGGAUUGGUUCUUUCCUCUGGUUCUGGUUGUGGUGGUGGAUUGUAGUGGCCUAGAAGUAGGUCGUUUGGAGUGAUCGGUGGGGCCUCCCAGAUAUCGUCGGAACUGGGGUACAGCGGUCGUCCGUUGACCAUGUAGGUGAUUUCUGACAAAAUUGUUCUCCAUUGUUCCUCGGAGUAGGCUUGGUUCUUGCAAGUGGCGUUAAAUGCUUGUCUGACUGACUUAAUUAGGGUUUCAACAACUCCGUUUUGGUGACUCGCAUGUGGUGUAUUCCAUUCCCAUCUGAGCUCGCAGCUAAAUUUAUCAGAGAGGACACUCUUUACCCCAGGAAUAUCCCAGUUCUGCGUGAUUUCCUUUAGGUAACCUUGGGCACCCACGAAAUUUGUACCACGGUCUGACCAGCAAACAUUAGGGUGUCCGCGUAGGCAGGCAAACCGUCGAAAAGCCAUUAAGAAUGCAUCUGAAGUUUUAUCGGUGACCAGCUCAAGAUGAAUCGCACGUGAUGUCAUGCAAGCGAAGAUGAUCACUUGUGCCUCUUUCAGAGUUUUGCGGCCGAGCUUGAUCUGUACUGGCCCAAACAUAUCCAUAGCAGUGUUUGAGAAUGCCGGGAAGCCAGCUGCUACUCUUAGGUUUGGAAUCUGUCCCAUGAGCUGGUUGAGAGGCCUUUUCCGUAGUUUUCUGCAUAUGACACACUUUGAGGUGACGGUCUUAGCCAUUCUGCGGAGUCCAAUGAUCCAGAAUCUUUUUCUGGCCUCGUGGAUUAAACUCUUAUAGCCACAAUGCCCACGUCGUUCGUGGAGGUCACGCAGAAGCAAGAUCACAAAAGGGUGGUCUUUUUGCAAGAUAAUAGGCUUUCUCAACUCUUCCGGGAGACAUCUGAUAUCUUCAAGUCGACCAUGCGCACGAAAAAGGCCAUCUUCAGCCUUCUUUGCUACCAGUUUCUUAUCCAAGCUGUCUUCGUUGACGUGAAAUUGACUCCACUUCAGAAGAUGGGUCUCGGCAGCCUUCAGUUCCUGAACUGAAAUGGGCCCUGACUUUAGGUUCAUUUUCCGAGCGUUGUGAAUAAAGCGACCGACGUAGGCUAGAGUUCUCCGUAUCUUGGAGUACGUAGAACACGUUUUCAGCAAGUGUAAAAGGAUAGGAUUUUCUUCAGAUCCAGGUUGAUCUAGUUCAGGACAUACUUCCGCGGCGGCACUGUGAUGUUUACCGGCUUUCUUCUCUUUCCGAAACGUUUUCUUCUCUCUUAAAGCGUCGAGGUCGUCCACAUGAGUGUUAACUCGGGUGUGGUCUUGAGCGCUGGGCCACUUUUCUUCUGGCAACUCUAGGAAGGAUGGUCCCUCUGACCACUUCAUGAGAUGAUUAAGAUGGAUUCCUCUCGUUAGAGCAUCUGCAUGGUUGUUGUUAGACUUAAUGUAGCGUAUUUGGUCUGCCCCAAUCGUCUCUUGAAUUUCAGCCACUCUAGCAGAUACGAAAGGCCUGAAUUCCCGUGGUGGCGUUCUGAUCCAGGACAAAACGGUCGAUGAAUCUAUCCAGAAGAAUCUUUCCCAGUCCUGGGCUUUUGCGAACUCCAAUGCUUUUACACAUGUAACGUACAUGCGUGCAAGUGCUAAACAGCCCAACAGUUCUAAUCUCGGGAUGCUCUUCUUCUUCAGAGGUGCGACGAAGCCUUUAUCGUGACUGGAACACAACGAUAGUCUCCGCCAGCAAGUUUCCACCGUAGGAAGAUGACCGCACCAUAAGCCUGCUCACCACCAUCGGAGAAUCCGUGAAUUUGAGGCACGCCCACUGCGUUGUUUGGUUUUAGCUUGCGGUCAAACUGAAAUGACAGGAGAUCAUUUAUGGACCGGACAUUCUCUAACCAUGUUUGCUGAAUACUCUCGGGAAGGAUGUCGUCCCAGCUGUAACCUGAACUCCAUAAUGCCUGCAAGUCAAUUCUGAACUUGAUAGUAACGGGUGAAACAAGUCCGAUAGGAUCCCAGAGUUGAGCGAGAAACUUCAGACAGCUUCUUUUGGAGAAACCCUCCAGUAGGCCAACCACGUUUUCUUUCUUGAAGGUAAAUUUGUCUUCUUCUUUAUCCCAUUUGUGGCCAAGCAGAUCUGUAAAUCUCUCACCACUAGACUGGUCAAUUUCUGAGCAGUUGGAAUGCCACACCUUAAUUUGAAACUGACCUUUUCCAAGGACGGUGUCAAUUUCUUUGAUUAUUUUCUUGGCUUCUGUCAAGUUACUUUUUGAGCCUGCAAUAUCGUCCACGUAUGCGUGAUCUUGAAGUUCCUGGGCUGCGUCUGGAAAUUUGACUUGUGAGACUUGAGCUAGGUAAUUAAUGGCAUUCGUGGCGAUGUCUGGUGCUGGCUUGUUACCAAAAUUUAACCUUAGCCACUAGAAGACUGAGGGCGUUUCACUUUCGUCGCUUCUCCACAAGAAUCUGUGAAAGACUUGAUCAUCAGGGUGCACUAGGACUUGAUUAAACAUUUUUCAGAUAUCACCCGAGUAAGCCACUUCGUUCCAUCGCCAGGCCAUAAGUACAUUGGGAAGACUGUUAAUGUAAUUAGGUCCUUUUUCAAGGUGAUCGUUAAGGGAAAGACCGUCGUGGCCUUUUGAAGACGCAUCGAAAACAAGGCGGACCUUAGUGGUUCUCUCUGGUGUGAAGACUGCUUGCAAUGGCAGAUACCAUUCGGGUUGACCGUGAUCAAGUUCUUCCGUAGGAACUUUCAUUACCAAAUCUUGUUCUAACAGCUUUUGUACCUCGUCAUUUACGAUUGCGAAACAUUCUUUUCUCUGGAACGAUUUCUCGGCAGACUGCAUUCGUUUGAAGGCGAUGUCAUAAUUGCUACGUUUGGGGGGUCCAUUCUGGUUCCAAGGCAUUCUUACUUGGAUUCUUCCAUCUACCAAUGUGGUUGAAUUAGACAGAGAUUUGACGAACUUGUUUUCUCAUAGCGCGUUCUCACUACAUGUGCACAGCUCUGUUGGUUUAACUCCCAGCGUGUCCUGAUGAAGUAGUUUCUUAAUGUCGUCUUCAAUGCUCACUGUUCCGACUUCAACAGACUGUAUCCUGGAACUGUUAACUUGUCCUAAAACGUACCAACCAAAACAGUUACGUUUGGCAAUCGGCUCUCCUGGUUCCCCGGACAAGGUAUGAAUGUCGACGAAGGCAUCGACGAAAUCUGUACCAAUUAGAAGAUCUAUUGUUCCACCAGAAAGAUGCAGUUUGUUCGCAAUUGGUUUGAGAUGGGGGAAGUGUUCAAUAGUUCCCUUUGAGAUCGUCUUCGCGGCACUACAAGGUCUCUUUAUGGUGUAUACUUCCAGGGUCUUUCUGAUAUCCUCUUCGAUACUCGAGGCAAGAGUGAUCUCAAUGAUUUCUGACGUUUCAGACCUCUUCUCUCCACCUGCUAGGUUCAUAGUAAGAUGGGUAGCUGUCCCGGCUAUUCCCAGUCGUUCAGCUGCGUUUUUAGAUAGCAGACUUGUGUUUGAUCCAGAAUCUAUCAUCGCAAGCAUUUCAACAAGCGUUCCACCUGAGUCCAUAACUUUGACCUUUUGAACAGGACAUAAACCAGUGAUGAGCUUGAAAUCUUUCUUGUGGUCAGCGGCACAGUUGGUAUUGCCUUCUGCAGGAACAUCUUGCAUUCGGAAAGGCACUGCGUUUGGGCUUAGAUUUGAAUUGAUGGUCUCGUUGUGCAGAGAACGGUGAUGGUUCUUUUUGCAUUUAUCGCAGGUAGUACCAUCUGGCUUCUUACAGUCGUUCAUGUGAUGGGGUCUAAGACAUUUGCGGCAUCUUUUGCUCUGUUUCACUACGUCCCAUCUUUGAUUUACAGUUGAACUUUGAUACAGCGGACAGGCAGCCAAAUGGUGUUUCCACGCACAACCGAGUGGGCACGCUUCUUGAUCAGGAGUUCUAUCAUUGCUAGCAGCGUGGUUCUCUGUUCUUCUAAAGGUUGGUCCUCGGUAGGUACGUUCCUUUUCGUUGGCGUUCUCAUUGUCUGGUUUGCCUCUGGAGCGAAGGGUUGCCUCUUGAUGUAACCAGGUUACGAGGUUUGACACAUUUUCUUCUUUUCCCGCUCUUUGCAUCUCUCUUCCAAAGUUUGUGUUGUCUCUUUGAUCGAGCUUUGAUAAAAGCUGAGACAUGAAGAACGGAGCUUCUGACGCCUCCAACACGGUGCAGCCAUUGUCUUCCAUAUCAUUGACAAAUACAGAAAUCGUCGUGGCGUAACGCGUGAGUGACUUAGAGUCCCGUUUAACAUGUUUGAGAUUAUUCAUUUCAGCUAACAGUUCGUCCAUAAGUUUUCGCUCAUUUGCGAAUUCAGUUUCAAGAAUUUCCCAGGCUUGGUUAAUGCCUUUACAGGUCUUGACUUGAUCUGUCCAGAAGAAGCCUUUGGGCAUCGCUUUUCGGAAUCUUUGAAGUUGCUCGUCCUUGUCUUGUCCAUAUUUUUCCAUACAGUGUCUAAACUCCCUUUUCCACGUUUGAUACGUUCUUCGACUUCCGUCCCAGUUCGGAACUGUCAACCGCUCUAGGCUGCUAGGUUUUGUUCCUAUCGCAACAGCCAUUUUCUCAACUGCAGAGGUCAUUGUUUUCAAGGUUUCUGUGUGGUCAGGACCUUUCGGAAGAGCAUUUUCGCUUUGAUAUGCUGCAAAUUUCAAGGUGAUUUGGAGGAAAUCAGCUUUGACUUUGUCCCCGAGUUUUCGGUUCGUUAACACCAAUUCAUCCUCCGAUGAAGCGCCUUCUUCGAUUAACUUGUCUAAGAUCGUCUCUUGCUGCUUUUUAACAGAUCUGUACUUCGAUUCCAGUAAAUUGAACACUGCUUCGAGUCUUUCAAGUCCCGAUUUUACUGCAAAAAUCGCUUCAAAUUCUUCCAUCAACUCAUUAAGAAUUCCAACGGCAUUGUUAAUUUUUCCCGUGAGGGUUUUUACAUCAACUUUCGGCGGCAUUGCAAAGUGAAGGUGUAAAUUGAAAUAUUUUCUAGAAUGGUCAGUCGCUCGCUUUAUGGCAGUCGGUUGUUCUGGAAAAUGAUGCACUUCUCUCGUGAAUUUAAAUGACUGUAAUGAUUCCAAGAUCGGUCCUUCACUUGUUUCGCUGUCAGUUGUUCUUGGAGGCCGGUCGUUUUACCACGAUGCUGUCCUGCAGUUGAUAGUGUAACCUUCGAUCCAAUAGAAUUUUUCACUGAUUCGUGCUUACGUAGCAAAGCGUUACUUAAAUUUGAAGGCUACAACGAUGUACAGAUAACCACUUUAUUUCUGAACUGGUUGCCAACAGUAACUUAAUCGGCAACAGUCAAACUGCAAAGCAAAUAAAAGAUUUGCGUUUUAAGUAUGAAAUUGCACUUAAAGGCUGAAAUAUUCGCAGAGAAAUGCUACUUACAAUUCUGUUGGGUAAUCCACACAUCUUAACACGGCUCUUUACAUUAUCUUUCAACGGAGGUGUCCGGUUGAUUGCAAGGCGAGUCUAAUUAAAAAUACAUUACGCCUAUUUAUACAAAAAUGCUAAUUUGACGCCAGGUCCUUCGUGACUGCAUUUUUGGCGCCAAAUCGGUACAGCUACACAAGCGCAAAUCAGCCUCAAAAAGUGGUCGCAGUCACUUACAGGAGGUGGUUGAUUAACAAGAGGUUGCAACCAUAAGGCUUUAACUGGGAAUGCUUGGCAUUUUGGAUAAGUGAUCGGUUACGUGAGGUGGCUGCACAUCGAGGUUUAACUGCACGAAUACAACACCCUGACCAUGUGAUUGGGGCCUAAGAGAUUUUGCAUUGAGAUUUAAUAAAAUACAUGGAUAUUAUUGACUUACACCUUUAUACACUCGGGAAGAUAUUACUCACGAGGGCCUACAUUCCAGCUCAUUUGAGUGUAUUUGCAUUUCCACUAUCUUGAAUUGGAGUCUUCAGGGUCACCUGUUGCUCCCAAUCCCACAAGCUUCAAAAAUUAAAAAUUAUGGCAUCUUACAUCCCGCUUCUGCGGUUGUUAGCAGUGUCGUCAAUUCAUGCUUUAUUUGCAAACUGAUAAAGUCCAUAAAAUAAGUGUUUUCAAGGAAUACACUCUUGUCUGUCCCUGUGGAAAUUCCAGGUCGAAAAGCCCCCCAUGCCCUCAGAAUUCCAAUCGUAAGUAUCCCCCCAUGCCUUCAGAUUUUCAGUUCAAAGAACCUCCCUUGCACACGGAAUUCCAAAAAGCUGUCCGUGGUAUAGCAUGGAUAUUUUCUGGAAUCGCUCAGUGAUAACCACAGCAUAUUGUGGAACCCGUUUUCUUUUGACAGCAUAAUGCCCCAAAAACAGUGUUGUAAGACAUUAGUCCUGGGAAUUGGCUAAAUUUCAUAAUCAAUCAUCAGAAAUAACCAGAUUGACUCAACCAAUCCUUCACUGAUUAUAAUCAGAAAAGCCAGCUUAUAAGAAGUCCAUUUAUAAUAUUUUAACCUGUGAAAAAGUCAAAGAAAUAUAAAGUUUUGACUAAAUUUUUACUGUGCACCCCUUUAUAUUAACAAUCAUUUCAACUUUCCUUUCCCAGGAACAAAGCAAACUGUCCAUAAUAAUGAGGUGUCCAUAAUAACAGGUGUCCAUGAAGUGGGGUUUGACUGGAGUCCUUUUAGACCACACUAGCCGUUAAGUAAUGGGGCUAUAAAACUGUAUAGUUUCUUAGGGGGAAAUCAUCAGUCCAAGUAAUAUAAAGAUUGUAACAACUCUUUUGGAUGCCUGUGAACAUGUUUCAUUCUUUUUUCAGUUGGGAUCGCUGGGUUGUAGAAGAUCAAGUUCUGAAGGACUCAGAGAACAACAGGUCACUCAUGGCUAGACUCCAUGAACAAGCAUUGAAGUAAGUUCAUGAUGAGUGAUACACAUAGCUUUGUUAUAGCUGCCUGUAGUUUUAACUAAUGAGGCUGGCCAAAAGACAUGAUAUAACAAUAUUUCUCAUGAAUGAAUACCUCCUGUGGUAACCUGAGAUCACGGCCUUUUUUUUUUUCACCUGGUAAAUAAAUUCUGCUGGGUAAAGCAAUAAGAAAAGAGAGCAUGAUAUAGUGUCUAGUGCCCACUUUUUUGAAACAGCCAAUCAAAAUUACUUAGCUGUGUACUCCUCUCAGUAUGUAUAGUACACUGUAAAUUUUCUGUUUGUGGGAAAAUAUUUAGCAGAAAUUCACUGACUUUGUAAAUAGCUUACAUCUUUUUUUUCUUCUAAACAAACCUAAGCGGUUGAAAAAGAAAAAAACUUCCGGUUUGACUGGGAAUCGAACUCUGACCUUUUAAUGACCAGGCACAAAGUUCUAUCUUUUAAGUUUAUUAAGUCAACUGGAGAUUAGGCCAUUGUGAGUUCCUAAUACAUGAUUCAUACAAUCUUGAAAAGGUCUUGAAUUUUACUAGUCGUCUUAAAAAGUCUUGAAUUCGGUUUAGGUCCUUGAAAAGUACUUGAUUUCUUUAUUACAUCUUGAAAAGUCCUUGAAAUGCACAACCUUGUGUAUGCCAGACACCUUUUUCUGUAAAAUUAGAUUAUUUUGUCAAGGAAAAUUUGUUACAUCCUUGGUGUAAAGAGCCUGUAAAACUCACAGGUAAUGUAAAAACAUUAACAAUAUUUUAUUUCUGUUUCUUUAUUUCAAAUACUAUUUCUGUACCUCAAAUGCAAUUGCAAGUCAUACCCAGUCAUUUUGCAAAGUCUUGUUGUGAAAGUAGUAUAAAAUAGUAAUAAUUGUGGCUGUAAAAGAAGUUACUGCCCGUUCAUUUUCUUAUGGGUUGCAGAAGGGGCAGGGGGAGCUGGUGGAGUUUGACGGGUAGCCCCUGAAGAAUAUGAUGACCCCCCCUCUUCAUCAGAGAUUUUUUUUGGAUGGUCCCUUUGUACUCCAAAAUAAUUGAGAUGACCCCUCCCCCCAAAAAAAAAAAAUGAAAAAAAAAUUAAAUUCUGGUUGCUGAGGUUAGAUCAAAUAGAAGUUUUGAAUGGCCAUAAGGGGUUUGUUUAUAAGAAUGAGAACCUCAAGAGAAACUUCAAUUUUGAAUCCUGAAAAGCUAGUAAACUUAGGUAUUUAUGUACAAAAUAUUUACUGUAUUGGAUGGUAUACCAAGGGAGGAUGACCACGUUGUUAAUGUAAAAUAAUUAUGACCAGUGUACAAAUGUAUGGUAAGUGGCGGAACAUUGACCUCUAAUGUCAGAAUUUUUAGAUCUAUUACUUUGAAAUGGUCUAUGCCUUCCCUGGGGAUUGAAGGACCAGCAAAUUACUUUAAUACUGCAAUAGUCUCAAAACAUCAUUACAAGCUAAACAAUAUACAGCACUAGGCAAACACUAUCAAACGUUGCCAAUGCACUUAUAAUACAACACCCACUACACUACUCAAACAUCAAUGCUGUGCUAUACAAUAGGUAACACUAUUAAACACUAGACAUGUUACCUGAAGUAACCGGUGAUUGCUUAAGUUCCAUCAAUGGCAAGAGAAGUUUCUGAACAUGAGACAUGCUGGUUUUUGGCAUUCUGGUAGGUCAUUUGUGUUAUCGCAGAUGCCAUCACUGCAAAACUUGAAAGAGUUUAUUUGGUGACUCCCCCCCCCCCCCCCCCCCCCCCCCCCCCCUUUUCUUUUUUCCCCUUCCCCCCUUCUCUAUCUUUCUUUUUUUUUAUUCCCCCUCCCCCCCCCUGCCCACCCCCCACUCCCCCUUCCCACACAUCCCACAUCACACAUCAUAAACACACAACACUCCACACCCAUUGACAAGGCUCUUGGGAUGGUUAUUGUAUUAUCGGGAAUUCCACCCCCGCAAAAGUUGAAAAAGUUUUUUUGGUGGCUCCCCCCCCCCUUUUCUCCCCUUAUUUUUUUGCCUGACCCCCCCUUUAAAGCCAUAUUUUUUGGCAUGCCCCCCCCCCCCUCAAAUCUCACCAGCCCCUCUACCUGUUAAAAAAAUGAACGAUCCCUAAAAAUCAUAAAUGACUCCAUGACAUGUUUUAGCCAAUAGGGUGAUCAAAGGGGGUUAAAGAAUGCUGAUUUAUUAAAUAAAUCUUAGUCCUUGAAAACUGUAAUUUGUCCUUGAAAAAUCCUGAAAAUUUGUUUGUCUGAAAUUGUACUAUCCAUAACAUGAUUAGGUAUUUCUGUGAUAAAACGUGAUCUGUUCAUUGAACCAAAGAAAAUCAAAUUGCUGUAGUGUUAGUUUUAGUGUUUUUAUCGACUAUACAAUAAGAAGAGCUGAUGGAAUGACAUCUGAUCAAGGACCAGAAUUCGAGUUAUUGCCUUGGGUAAAUUUCAGUGAAUUUCUGACCAAGGGAAAGGAAAUUUAGUUCGAGAUAGCAGGUAAUUCAAGUUAUCUUAGUUUAUGUUAACCUUGUAAAAAUGACUGGAAAGUGGGGUGAAAGCCAUGGGAAAUGGAACUUAGUUCAAGUUAGCGGGGAUUUUGAGUUCAUACCGGGGUUCACUGUAUUAGUGUGAAUUCCAAUCUUUUUUAUUGUUGCUUCACUAACAGCUCAAGAAAAAAGAAAAGAAGGGUAACACAAGGCUCAGAAAGCAAAGAUUCAGAUGUAAACAAACCUGACAGCAAGUCUGUCUCAGAAGUGGUAAGUGGUGUGUAUCAUUUUCAGAGCAUUUUUUGUGAUUUGUACACAAAGUUGAUCUUUGAUACUAGCUGUAGCUAUUAUUAUGAUGCACUGUUCUUGCAGGUGGAAAGCCCAGAGCUCCCCAAAAUUGAGAUUGAAAUUCCCAGCCAGCUGAAGCUUAAACUUGAAGAUGAUUGUUACUUUAUUAAAAGAAAAAAGAAGGUAUAGCACUUGUAAAGAACUGAAGUGACAAUAAUUAUUGUCCAUGAGAUUUUCGUCCCUGAUUUUGAUAUUUCUGGGUGUAUACGUAAUGUACAUAUUUAUUCAUUCAUUAUUCAAAAUCUUUACUAGUUAUUCAGAUAUUGUUAAUGCUUGUAUAAUUUUUGAGGUACAAUCUAUUUUCAGCAUCAUACAACUCAAUGGAACGGUGUAUGCAAUUAUUCUGUUCUAGAGACCAUGAUCACUUUUUAGGUAUAAGUAAGUAUAUAAAUAAGUAUAGCAUUAUGACUAAACUUACGUAGAAGUGAUUUUGUUUUCAGCUUGUACAACUUCCUAGAACUCCAAAUGUUGCUCAACUUUUAAGUGAAUACUUUCAACAUUGUAAGGACUUUUAUCCAGGUCAAAGGUGAGUGUUGUCCCGUGACUGUUUCAUUUGAUUAAAGUGAGAUCCAACUAAAUAUUUAGUAUGUGAAUGACCAUUUUUUACUUUUGGGGAAAUAAAUUUGAGAUUACUGAUGGUGGCGCCCUGUUUGCAUAAGAGACGGGAAGUGUACCAGUGGCUAAAACCGUAAUAAUUGCAUUCAACAUUAGGAGAACACAAUUCAUAAUCUUUGGGUUCCUGUGUUAUUUGGUUGUCGAGUGGUACUCAGGCUGACCUUUUCAGCAAGUUCUUUUCAUAGUAUGUCUGCGUUUUCGGCACCAUUUUGAAUUACUUAAUAUCGGGACAUGCAUCACCCUGGCUCCAUCAAGGUUGACAAUAAGGUAAAGUUAAAAGCACAGUUGAGUUCGGCUAAUGAAUGAAACUUGGAGUUGUUCUCAAAGGGGUUUUAUUGCUGAGCUGGUGAUUCUGCUACACCUUUCUCAGUGUUACAGUCAGCAUUGUUAGAUCAAGAGUUGUUAUACUGGUCAAUUCAAGCUGAAACUUCGAAAAAACGAAUAAACACUAGGUAACAUUGUUGCCUUCUGUGCUCUCUAAUGAGGAAUUUACCUGUGCAAUUGGGUCUAUUUAUUUUUUAUAGUUAUAUUUUGGCGAAAGGUUUGAACCCAGGAGUCAUUUCAAAAGUAGGUUGAGUUUGAUCGUCCGGGUGAACAUAGUCCUGAAUAGGACUGUUGUUGUUGACAGUGACUGACGUUUCGACAACCUGUGCGGUAGUCAUCUUCAGAGUCAAAGUGAGUUGUAUCACGUCAGUUGAUGUUAUUAUACUCUGGUUAUUGAUCUGAUUGGUCAAUUACGUCGCGAUGUUAUUGGUCGUCUGUCAGUUAAGCCGUGAUGUUAUUGUCUAUGAAGACUCGUAAUCAGUAAUUGGUGCGUUUCGAUCCGUCUAUUGUCACAGUUAAACAGUCGUCUAUUGUUUGUCAAAUAAUUGUCAGUUCUCCAGUCGUUCUCUCGUAGUUAGUUUUGCUUGAUCUCGUCAAUAGGUCGUUUGUACGGCGCUGGUAACUGUUGGCUACGAUUCAGUGGCGUUUGUUCUAAGUUAGUAAACCAGCUUUCUAAAGUAAGACGUUUUAUUUUUCACUUGCACGAAUAUCAUUCUGGAAUAGAGUACAUUUGAAGAAUUUCCUUGUCUGAUAUAUCCAUGUAGGAUUUUGUUGAUAAGACAUUCUUCCCGAGCAAAAUACAUUUAAGACAGAAUGAACUGACCAUGGACUGAUUGAAGAUAAACAGUUCGCAUAAAAGCGAAAGAUUUUGUUCUUUUGUAGUGAUGUUUGGUUUGCUGACAUCUGUAAUCUCGCACAUACCUUAUAUGUUUCUUUCACUUCCAUGUUCAUGUUUAAAACUUGUUGUUGUGUCACACACAAAUCCAGGGAUUACCUCUUUUGAGGUUACCAUGCUUUUGAAAGUUUGUAGUGGUAUGUCUAUUUUUGUUUACGAUUAGUACUUCUAAUUUUUAUUGACCCUACUUGAGGGUGAGUAAGACAUGUUAAAAGAUGAAGCCGUCGAUGUGUAGAGCAUAGGAAGAAUUUUAAUUGAUUUACAAAAACUUUCUUGAUCUUUAUCCUAUUUUGGAAAAAUACUUGAAGGUAAAGCUAACCUGGGGUUAAGAAAAUUCGAACACACACGUUAAUCUCUGAUUACUACGAAAAUUAAUAUUUUUUGACACUUAGUAAGGUUGAGGGCUCAUAACUGCUUGGCAUAUGUUUCGUUUUAUUUGUUUUUAUUAUUGUCACCUACCCUAAUUAUUUUAUUUAGGAAAUACAGUAUAUAACUCUUUUAAAAGGGAUCAUAUAAGUUCAUGAAUGUGGUGGAAAGUAUCUCAGCAAAACCAAAGCAGUCCACCCCCCUACCCCCCACCCCCCCCAUAAUUUUACACAUAAUAUGUAAACAUGCUUUUGCUUUUUCCAGUAAUUAUUAAGUACCUGCAUGUAAAACAGCUUUUAAACAGCUCUAGGAAAUGGUAAUUUUUAAAAGUCACAGUAUGACAAUAAGUGCAUGUUUAUCGGCUAUCUUUCUUUUAGGAACCUGUAUUAUGCUAAUAAGGCCUUACACUAAAACAUUGUUGUACCCCUCAGUAAGCUACAGUAGGUUGGGAUGUGUAAUAUCCCUUAAUAUAAUGGCGGUAGCAUUAUUGUUGAACUGUCAAUUUACUGGGGCACCCAACAUCAAUUUUUGGAAAAUAUCUGUUCGGAAGACGAUCUUCAAGAUCUAGAAUUUUCGAAACAUUUGUUGUAAAAUUUCUUGCUUGCCUGCCUGUCCUAGGAUUUUCGAACAUCUAAAAAAUGGUAUAAUUGCCCAUUUUUAUCGGAUUUUUACCCUAAAAAGGUCACCUAGAAUUUUCGGGAGCCUUUUUUCUGGCUGAAAUUUUCGAAAAGGUAAGUUUUGAUCCCUGUAAUUUUCGGAUCACUAGACUUUCAGCUAGGAAAUCCGAACAGAUGAAAAAUGUUUAGGGGAUAAAAAUACGCCUAUAUCUAAAUAUGUUCAACAAUGCUAUGUUUAACUGGUUUUGAACUACAUUCUCGUUGGGUGCCCCUGAAUUUAGCACUGGACUUGCGACCUUAUGAUCUGGAGUUCAACUCCUACCCUGACUGCUGGCUGCGGAUUUUAUUUCGUAGCUUAAUAUUUUUGGUAUGCUUGUAAAUAGCCAACUGGUUAAGAUUUGCCAUUUGCCAGUUGGGAUUCCGCUUAAUCAGUCAUUUGCUAGUUCCCAUUGUCCUUUUGCUGUAAAUAUUGCCGAGGGUAAACAAAAUGCAUUUAUUUUUUAUAUUUUAUUUUAGCAUGUUCAGAUAUUUCUCCAGCAGAAUACCAAUAAGUUAGUCGCUGUUUAGCUCCAAGGAACAAGAAUGUCCUAUUUAAAGAUGGCCAUAGCACUUCUGUGAAAUAAUGUUGUAUUUGAGUGGUAUUCACGCCCCUAUCUUAUGAAAGGAGGUAGGAGCUGGGAUCAUCCCUUCAUCCAUUAAGCUCCAGAUCAUGCGCAUGCAUACCUCUUAUCCUUCAUUUGUACUACUGACACUUUUUUUAUUCAAUUCUUGUUUUAUUACAGCUCCAACUUGAUCAAAGAAGUUAUGGAUGGGCUUCGAAUCUACUUUGAUUUUACUCUUCCAACAUUGCUGUUGUAUAACUUUGAGCGUGAGCAAUAUCAGACAGUGAUGAAGCUUGUACCUCAUCCAGCAGAAUUAGCUAAGGAAACACAUCAUAAUGAUGAAAUCAAUGGUAAAACACCAGCAGAGGAUAAAUAUGGAGUUGUAAGCUCAUCAACGGAGAGCUCUCCAGUCAGGCAGGUGGAGUUUUCAAAGGCACUGACAAGUACAACUGAAACAAAAGAAGGUAGCUAUAUUUUAAUUAGCCCUUUAAGUCCCAUUAUAUCCACAUACAAAUUCUCCAAACUGAUCUCCAUAUGUUUCCUUAAGUAUUAGUUGAAAGAAUUUGAUAAGAGAUGAAAGCAUUUUCCCCUUGGUGAUCAUUUUAUCAAUUCUCCUAAACUUUUUUUUCUUGAUGAUGUAUGGAUAUUGUUAGAAGAAGAUUUAUGUUGUUACUGACCUCUUGGGACUUAAGGGUUAAUCAGAACUUCAGGUUAUGUUCAGAUCGAGUUCGGAGAAUACAAAUCGUCAUCUUCUUGCGCCUCUGUGGGUUUAGGCUCAUGUUGUCAAACCUUCUUACUAUAGACCCUGUUCUUAAUAUGGACACGGAAGGCACUGACGGAAGGGGGAAAUCCAUGUGACCCUCAUUACAGAGGUGUCCGUAAGAUUGGGAUCUGUGGGACUAUGUCAAGGGUCGGUAAUUAAAUAGAGAGGUGACCGGAAAUAGAGAGGUUGUACUGUAUCUACGCCCAGCAAUUUUUAAUGGAGUGGUGUAUGUUUUGAAGUAAUCCUGGCUACACAGGCCUUGGUAAGGAUGCUGUGGAAACAUUUUCAAACGAUAAUGAAACAACGCUUUUAACAAGUGAAUUCGGCUUUCUUAUAAUCGAAGAAUUAUACAGAUCUCAGAGGGUGCUAUUCGCCAAUGACAUCCUCCUCAAUCAACAUUAUUCUUCAUAAUUCUUUAUAACACACUCAGCCUGAUUCAGUAAUUGCUAAUGGCUGCCAUCCUGUAACACAUAUACCAGUAUAUCAUAUUCCAUCAUUCAUGAUCACUAUGUGUAAGUCUGUUUGAACUGUUACAACGGAGAAUUUACUGUUUUGACGUUUCAGCGAAGCACGAACGUUCGUUACGUCGCCGUAUACCAAGAAAUUCAGGAACUUCCCCUGAGGCUUCCCAGUCUGCAACAGUAUCAUCCACCUCAUCAAUCCCAGAAAGCAAUGCACCCCCAGCAAAACGGGUGAGAUACACUAAACAACGCCACUUCUUAAAUCUUGUAGGGGUCCACCGUUCCUCGCCAUCUUGUGGUCUCCCACAACCUGAGUAACUGAAAGAUACUUGUGAACCACUCCAAUUACACUGAGGUCAUCACCACUCUUUUCCCUUAGGAUCACGGGCUGACUUCUGGCAGACGGGUCGACUUCGAUUUCAGAAGACCCGACUCAGUUCGUGUGUAUUAGACAACCUCCAUUGCACGGGUUUCUUAUGUACAGGACUUAUAUUCAUACCUUCCGACUUGCUAGUUAUCCGUUAGAUUUUUUUGGGUCAAUUUUUCCGCGCAACUAGUAUCAAAAUAUCGUGUUACUGUGUGUUACACUUAGUCAAUUGUAACUUCACCGAAAAAACCUUUUGGUUGUUUUCCUUUGGAACAUCCAAGAACUUGCAACAUUAGAUAGCGCUAUUGCCCGUUUAACCUGCGAGCAACCUUCCGAUUUCUCUGCCCGCUGCUCGCUCUCGCGUCUCUUGUCGCGUGCCGCUCGCGCGUAACCCCAAAUAGAGAGCUUGUUCACAGGCUAUUAUCCGGCUGAACUACUGUAGGAACUAUAGAUAGCGUUACUUCAUGGUGAAUACAUGCACAAAUAUAUUCUUCUCUACCACUGGCUUUUCCAAAGGUACUAAAAGGUAAAGGUACCGUCCGCACCUCCCUGCGUAGUUUUACUUUAAUUAACUGAUAAAUUGAUUAAGUGUAUAUUUCCUUUUUGUCUUCACAGAAAGCGGUGGAGAUUGAAGAUUUAGAGAUAAAUAUCCCUGAAGCUCCCCUACCAUCGAACGCGUUUCCAACUUCACCAAUCCCAAGAUCGCUGAGCGAUCCCACACACAUAAUGCCUUCACAAGUUUACGGUCCUGAGCAUUUGUUAAGACUAUUUGGUAAGAUACCAUAACCUAACUAGCUGUACGUUCAGGUACUUAACAGAUUAUUUUUUUCAUCCAUGGCGGGUAUUAUGAGUAGUUCUUUUGCAAUAUAAUGUGCGUGAGCACAGCAAUGAAUGCGGCGUAAUUCACUGUCUGCUCAAUGUUUUGUUUAGUUAAACUUCCUGGGCUGCUUGCACGGACAGAUAUGCCUGAAAAGAAUCUCUCGGUCCUUCUGGAACAAAUCAACAUAUUUCUCAGGUAUGUUGCAAAUUAUCACUAUACCACAAUUAAUGAAGUCGAAGAGUUUAUUGAAGGGCGAGUAAGAUUUCACGAAUAGCCCCUUGAAACAUACUUAAGCCUCAUCUUAACUCGGAUGGUCACAGGCAUCUUCUGUUGGAAGUAGCAAGUCUUGUUCCAUUCAAGUGUACAAAUGGAAUGUAGGUACUUCCAUUAAUUCGUGAUUGUAGGACAUUCAGGACACAACAUUCAUUUUUUAACGCCCCAACAAAACAAAUGGUUUGUUUUUCUUGUGUAAAUCUAGGAUAGGAAUGAUUCGUUUGGGAAGUCUUGUUCACGUUGCGGAAUUCUAUAAAAUGUCCCAAUCACUUCCCGUAAAUUUAUUGGAGAUGUUCUGAGUACUUUUUAUGGUGGUCAGAAAUUCGUUUAACCUUCAUUCAUUUUGCAUGAUUUUGGCGAAGUUUGCCUUAUAUACCGAAAGUUUACAAGAAAGGUACAAAAGCACACGUACAAAGAUCAAAUUGUCAUGCCGGGUAGUUUUGUUUGUUUGCUUUUUGUUUUUUGAAAAGAGGCAUCUCAGUGACAUCAUACUUAAAUCUAGGAAGUAGCUAGUCGUUAAAUGCCGGUAAAGAAAGCAAAUUUGAUGUAGGAGCAAACCGCAAAGUCAUGUCCGAUACAAUUAAACGUAAUUAACAACGCAGUUAAACAUUUGACACAAAACCUCAACCUGAACUUUUUAGCCUGUGACUUGGCUUGUUGAGGUAUGUCGAUAGUAGGUACUCUUCAUUCACGUGCAGAAUACAGGCAAUCAGAGGGGGGAUCGAAAUAUGAAAGCAAGCGUCUGAGCUUCACCAGGUUCUGCGAGACGCGUAUUUGAUUUCUAGUUGAGCCCCUUAUAUGAGGAAUUUUAAUUUUCAUUUAUUGGUUAAACUUAUUGCAGGUAUCUGGCCGAAAAAUCGCCAAACUUGUUUCCCGAAGAUGUCUACUCAAGCUCUCUAUUGUGACAUGGAUAUGUUGCGUGUACAAAGCUAUCAACUCUCGAAAAUCUGUCGCUUCGUUUUAUUUUGCUGCGAUGUUCCAGUUUGUUAAAAGUUAAAGUGAACUUGAUCCCUUUGUGGGUAAAGUUUAAAGUUGACUUUUUGAAGAAAAUACUUGCUUUACUGUAAAUAUCUCUCCAUCAUACGCAUCCCUGUAUGAUUUUAAGUUAUUAGAAAACGACUUUUUUGUGUACACUCAGGUUUGGGGAAACUUGAUCGUUUGUAAAUAAAUAACAUCUUGUCUUCAUGGUUCAUUGCUUUGUUACUGUUUGCUAGAGUAGUGAUCAAAUAAUUUGUUUUCUAGGAAUUUCUUUACCCUUGUCUUAAUUAUCCACAAAAAAGGAAACUAUCGAGUUAUGUCGUCUCGACCUGAGCACUUGUGUAGAGAAAGAGGGAUCUAUUCUGCUCGGAGCGCUGUCGGACCUACUGUUCUUUUUAUCCUCGUAGUUGUUUGAUACGACCACCCAAAGCCCCGAAAAUUUUGGUCGUAUUCAGGAGGUUUUCAGCUAAUAAAAUGUAUUAGCGUUUUUUUACGUUUGGUCCGGUGGUUGGAUAAGCGAAGCGUUGCGAAGACUACUGGUUUCUAUUGUACUAGACAUUUCUUCCUUCCCAAAAGAUUCGUAGGCGCAGUGGACAACGUUUUUACGAUCUGUCACCGAAAAGGAAAUAAAUCGCCCAUGGUCUGUGGACGAGUAUAUUUCACGAGGAACCUCUACAUCAUAUAUUUGUAACAUUUGGCUCUUUUCUGAAUAG